ACAUGCAAACACUCAAAAAUGGAUUCUUUAUCACUUAAUUCCCCGGCCGCACUCACCACCGCUGCCCGCCGUGGUACGGCCCUCUCCGAAAAGCAAUCCAUCACUUCCCCAACUCUUAGCGAGGUCAACACCUCUACUGAUCGUCCUCUCCGUGACAUCCCAGGUUCCUAUGGAAUUCCAUUUUUCGGGCCAAUCAAAGAUCGACUCGAGUUUUUCUAUGGCACCGGCGGCCGAGACGGGUUCUUCAGGUCCCGCAUCCAGAAAUUCAACUCAACUGUAUUCCGUGCAAACAUGCCACCUGGCCCUUUCAUCAGCAGCAACUCAAAAGUCAUCGUCCUCCUCGACGCCAAAAGCUUUCCUAUUCUCUUUGAUGUCUCCAAAGUCGAAAAGAAAGACCUGUUCACCGGAACUUACAUGCCUUCCACCAAACUCACCGGCGGCUACCGUAUACUCUCAUACCUCGACCCUUCCGAGCCUAGACAUGCUCAGCUUAAGAACCUCCUGUUCUUCAUGCUCAAAUCUUCAAGCAGCAGAGUAAUUCCUCAAUUCGAAACCACUUACACCGAGCUUUUCGAGAGUCUCGAAACAGAGUUAGCCAAAAACAAUAAAGCUCCAUUCAACAACGCCGGUGAGGUAGCAGCCUUCCGGUUCCUAUGCCGGGCUUACUUCAACUCCAACCCGGAAGAAACAAAUAUCGGAAAAGAUGGUCCAAAGCUGAUCACCAAGUGGGUGUUCUUCAAUCUCAGCCCGAUCCUCACCGCCGGACUUCCAAGGUUCUUGGAGGAACCUCUCCUCCAUACUUUCCGGCUACCGUCAUUCCUGGUAAAGAGUAGUUACAAGAAACUUUACGAUUACUUCGAGUCAGUUGCCACUACUGUUAUCGAAGAAGCUAUAAAAUCAGAGAUUCCAAAAGAAGAAGCAUUACACAAUAUCUUGUUCGCUGUGUGCUUCAAUACUUUCGGUGGUGUCAAGAUCCUAUUCCCCGAUACACUCAAAUGGAUCGGGCUUGCCGGUGAAAAUUUGCAUACCCAGUUGGCGGAAGAGAUCAGGGGUGCUAUAAAAACCUACGGCGAAGGUAAGGUGACAAUGGCAGCGAUGGAUCAGAUGCCAUUGAUGAAGUCUGUCGUGUACGAGUGUCUUCGGAUUGAUCCACCAGUGCCUCUCCAAUAUGGCAAAGCUAAACGUGACUUUACUAUUGAGUCACAUGAUGCUGUUUUCAAUGUGAAAGAAGGUGAGAUGUUAUUCGGGUUCCAACCUUUUGCGACUAAGGAUCCGAUAAUAUUUGAACGGCCGGAGGAAUUUGUCGCCGAUCGGUUCGUCGGAGAUGGAGAAAAUCUGCUGAAGUACGUGUGGUGGUCUAAUGGACCGGAGACGGAGAGUACAACGGUCGGAAAUAAGCAAUGUGCCGGAAAAGACUUUGUUGUGCUGAUAACGAGGCUGUUCGUGGUUGAACUUUUCCGGCGAUACGACUCUUUCACCAUCGAUGUCGGUGCAUCUGCUUUGGGUUCGAGUAUCACUUUGACGUCGGUGAAGAGAGCUAGUACCUGAAGAGUAAUUUGAAACCUAGGGUGAGGGUAAAUUUGGAAAUAAGAAUAAAAAAAUUUUCUUUGUUUAGAAGAAAAGAAUAAUUACAAACAAAUAAAAGUAGUAUGAACUAUAUGAUCGGGUAGUUAUAUAUACACGAAAAAAAUCCAAAUGCACGAUGAUGAUGUGAUUGAUUGUGCUUAUUUAGUCAAAUCUUAUUUUUAGAAUUCAAGAGGCUUACAUAAUUUGAA